UGGUAUCCUAGUCUAGAUCCUCUCGCCAGGAUAUUUGCAAACAUAUUUGUUUUUCAAUUUUCACAAAAAGUUAAAAAGAAAACUUGUUGAAUACGGUUUAUGUCUUUCUAAAGGGGAUUCCGUCAUCGGUUAAAAAUAGCGUCUUCCUUUUUCGAAGUAGAAGAAAGUCUAUAGAAAUUUCCAAAAAAUGUCCAGUGACGAUGAGGAAAUUUUCAAAGUGGACCCCGAAACAGCUUGGUUGGAAGAGGAAACAAUCGGGGGAUUUCGCGUCUGGCAUAUUAUGGCAAUAUGCCUGUCAAUUCUUCUGAGUAUUAUCAUAAUCGUUUGCUGUUGUAUACGUUUUCGUAUACCAAGGACGAAACAGGAAAUCGAAGCUGACUACCAGCGGAAACAACUUACGAAAAAGUUUCGCGAAAAAUUGGCGCAAAUAAAAAACUCGGAAAUGGAUAAUAUGGAUUUACAAAAAGCUCUUGCCAGAAUCCAAUCGGACUAUCUUUCACAUCACAACAGCAAGGAGAACCUAAUGAGAGAUGAUAUCAAGUUUACAAGCACAAUACAGAAUCCUGUUUGAAACAAAGUCAUGCUACAUACAUAAAUAAUGCGCAGA